AUGCCUGGCGGCGGUGUUGCUCUCCAUGCUACGACCGAUGUCAACCGUAUUGAAGCACCGGUUACGCUCAAAGCCUACCUUAUGUGCGCCUUCGCUGCCUUUGGUGGUAUCUUUUUCGGUUUCGACUCUGGAUAUAUCAAUGGUGUUACUGGCUCUGCGGUUUUCAUCCACUCCAUUGAAGGAGAUGGCGUAUCCGCGUUAACCUCAUCCCACAACUCGCUGAUUGUCUCCAUCCUGUCAGCCGGUACAUUCUUCGGCGCAUUGAUCGCAGGAGAUCUUGCUGAAUGGUACGGUCGUCGCCCAGUUAUUAUUGCCGGCUGCUUCAUCUAUAUGAUCGGUGUCAUCCUUCAAGCUGCCCACUCUUCAGGCCUUGGACUGAUCGUCUCAGGUCGGCUCAUCGCAGGGUUUGGUGUUGGUUUCGUUUCGGCCAUCAUCAUUCUGUAUAUGUCCGAAAUCUCUCCCCGCAAAGUCCGUGGGGCCCUCGUUUCUGGUUAUCAAUUUUGCAUUACGAUUGGUCUUCUCCUUGCCUCUUGUGUGGACUAUGCUACCGAAAACCGUAACGACACAGGCUCGUAUCGUAUCCCCAUUUGCAUUCAGUUUGCGUGGGGUAUCAUUCUCGCUACAGGCCUUUUCCUCCUUCCCGAAUCUCCACGUUACUUGGUCAAAAAGGGCAACGUUGACCGUGCGAGACACGUCCUUUCUCGUCUUCGUGGUCAACCUCCGAGCUCCGAGUUCAUCGAAACCGAGCUCACUGAAAUUAUCGCUAACCACGAAUUCGAAAAGAACCUCAUUCCCGACUCUGGUUACUGGGGAUCCUGGUACCAGUGUUUCAGUGGUGGUCUUUGGACUUCAAACUCCAAUCUCCGCAAGACCAUUCUCGGUACCUCUCUUCAAAUGAUGCAACAGUGGACUGGUGUCAAUUUUAUCUUUUACUUCUCGACUCCUUUCCUUAAGUCCACAGGUGCCAUCUCCAACUCUUUCCUGACAUCCAUUAUCUUCACGAUUGUCAAUGUCGUAUCGACUCCUAUCUCGUUCUGGACCAUGGAACAUGUCGGUCGUCGUCCCGUCCUCAUCUGGGGUGCUGCCGGUAUGUUCUUUUGCCAGAUAAUCGUCGGCGCUAUCGGCGAUACCAUUGGUUUCAAUAAAACCCAUCUCGACGCUUCUGGCAACACAAUCGCCAAUAACAUUGCUGCUGUCAAUGCUCAAGUCGCCUUCAUCGCGAUCUACAUUUUCUUCUUUGCAUCUACUUGGGGUCCCGCCGCUUGGGUUUGCAUUGGUGAAAUUUUCCCUAUCCAAAUCCGUUCUCGUGGUGUCGCCCUCUCCACUGCCUCUAACUGGCUCUGGAAUACCAUCAUAGCCGUAAUCACCCCCUACAUGGUCGACUCCGACAAGGGUAAUCUUCGCUCGAAUGUCUUCUGGGUUUGGGGUGGUCUUUGUGGCUGUUGCUGGCUGUACGCUUAUCUUCUCGUCCCUGAGACCAUGGGACUUUCGCUUGAGCAGGUUGACCAGAUGAUGGCUGAGACUACGCCCCGGACAUCCGCCAAAUGGAGGCCGACGAAAACCUUUGCAUCAGAGAUGGGUAUGGCUGGCGAUCACAAGUUGGUCCAUGACGACGAACACAAAGAGUUGGCGUAA